UAUUUGCUAUGUGCCAAUUAGAGAUGUAACCAAUAACGCCCAGAUAUAAAAUGCACCAUUAAAAUAACAAGUAAUCCGCCUGCUGGAGGUGAUUUUACUGAAUGCAAAUCCCCAAGUUUUGCCUAUGCGCGACUUGCAGCCCACACGGACAUUCCCACAGCAGAAGACGCAGCCGAGAGUAAAACAAGGAGCCGCAGGCGUUAGAUUCCCGGCCAAGAGGCAACUCUGUAACAGCACCGCCCGGACUCCCAGCCCACUCCGUCCGCCUGUUACAGUACAUCCUCUAUACAGGAAGGUGGCUGGCAAAGGGCUUGCUCCCGAUUGGCUGCCUGUGGAGGAAAGGGGCGGCGCCCUGUUUGCUGAUUGGUUCUGCCCUGUGCAUUCCGGAGAAGGAACCAGCGUCUGGGGUGGAAUUCGCCUUAUUUGGAGGGUGAGUUAUUUUACAGCCCCGGGCGGCUUCCUGUGGGGGUUCAUCAUGUCCAAGUCCCUGAAGAAGAUAGUGGAGGAGAGCAGGGAGAAGAAUGUGCCUGACAUUGAUAUGUGCGACAGGGGGAUCGCUAACAUGCUGGAUGUGCCGGGCCUCUUCACCUUAUCUCACAUCACGCAGUUAAUUCUAAGCCAUAACAAGCUCACAACUGUUCCACCAAACAUUGCCGAUUUAAAAAAUUUGGAAGUGCUCAACUUUUUCAAUAAUCAGAUUGAAGAAUUGCCAACCCAGAUCAGCAGCCUUCAGAAGCUCAAACACCUCAAUCUUGGUAUGAACAGGUUAAACAGUUUACCACGUGGGUUUGGCUCCUUGCCUGCUUUGGAAGUCCUUGACCUGACCUACAACAACAUGAAUGAGAACUCCCUGCCCGGAAAUUUCUUUUAUCUAACCACCCUGCGCGCACUCUAUCUAAGUGACAACGAUUUUGAAAUCCUGCCGCCAGAUAUCGGGAAGCUCACGAAGUUGCAGAUAAUCAGUCUUCGGGAUAAUGACCUGAUAUCAUUGCCUAAGGAAAUAGGGGAUCUCACCCAGCUUAAAGAGCUACAUAUACAAGGAAAUAGGCUAACAGUCCUGCCCCCUGAACUUGGCAAUUUGGAUCUCACAGGGCAGAAGCAGGUGUUUAAAGCUGAGAACAAUCCUUGGGUCACGCCAAUUGCUGAUCAGUUCCAAGUGGGAGUGUCUCAUGUCUUUGAAUAUAUCCGCUCAGAAACCUACAAAUACCUGUAUGGGAGGCACAUGCAAGCCAACCCCGAGCCCCCCAAGAAGAACAACGACAAAUCCAAAAAGAUCAGCCGCAAGCCUCUGGCAGCCAAGAACAAGUAGAUGGCAGAAGGGGUUAAAGUGAUGGACGCGCAUGUGGCCAAUUAUUUCUAUUUAUUUCCUGCCAUGGGCCAAAAAGGAAAUUCUUACGGUUCUACAUUUUGUAUUAUUAUUAUUAUGUAAUGCUGUGCUUUGUGUUUAUCAUAAUGUUUUGAAAGGGCUCCUGUUCCCACUCUAAAGGGGUUGCUGUUCGGGAACACACAGGGUUACAUUGCCACCCUGAGAUACGGGUGCUGUGUGAAGGCCCCUUUAGCGUGGCGCAAUAUGGAAACUCAAUUAACAGACAGCAGGUUUUAAUGGUACAUUAGGUUCAACAUGGCUGAACUGCACCCUUUUCCCAUUGUAGUGAAAGGCUGGCUGAAAUACACAUAUAAUGCGCCAUUAACACCUGCUUUGUCUGUGUUGGUAGCUGCUUUAAAGAGCAAGCACGGGGUUAAUCACUACAGGGUGCCAAUUAGUUCGGUCUCCCCCAGUGAUUAUAAUCACUUACCUCUACUGAAUGGUUGCUGCCGUCUUCCCAUAUCCAGGAGCCUUUAUGCGGUAUGGUAAUGCUUUGUAACUGGCCCAUUCACAGUACAGUAGAACCCCCCAGCCUGGUGCAACCAGGGCUCCAACGGUUAGUGAUUAUAAUUACUGCACCCCCCACCAGUAAUUAACCCUUUUUUGUCCUUCAUAAGAAACUUAUUACAUAUUUUUGUAUGGAAUUAUAAGAAAUAUAUUCAUUCACUGGCAUUAACCAUGUUCCGCUUGUCACUUUUAAUUACAUUUAUGUUUUUUUUGUAUUGAAUUUCUGUAAUGUCUUUAACUCUAACAUGAAAGGACUUAAACAUGGGUCCAGUUUUAUUCAUCAGCCAUUGUAUUGCGUGCAUUCCUAGGGCAGUUGCAUAGUUGCAUUUCUAUCAUACAGUCAGACUGUUGCACCAGGCAGCAAUGUUGUGCCAACGCCAACGUGUUCAAGGCCUCGAAGAAACUAAUAUACCCCUCUGAUUUUACUUUAUGACUUCAUUUUAAUACCAAAAUAGCCGUGUAGUUUUCUAUCCCUUUAAUCUUAAUGUUCUGCAUUCUCCUAUAGAAGGAGUAUACACCUGUAUAUUCUUUUUGUUUCACAGGUGCAACCCACUUUAUAAAUAUAGCAGCUCCCAGUAGGUAUCAGAAUAGCACUCAAUAGUAAGAAAUUCAAGUCUGGCUUGGGACUCCUCCAGUUACAUGGGAGUAGGAGAUACAAUAGGUUACCUGAAAGCAGUUCUAAUGUGUAGCACUGGCUCCUUCUGAAAGCUCAGACUCAGGCACAAUGCACUGAGAUGGCGCCUACACACCAAUAUUACAGCUAAACAUGUUAAAUGGUAGAGUGAAUUAUUUGCUAUGUAAACAGUGUAAUUUAGAAAUAAAAGUACCCCAUAAAAAUCUUGACAGUAUCCCUUUAAAGAAAGGAUCACUCAUACAGUGGCUUUGUGCAGAUUGUAAAGAUCAGCCUUGAUUCAUGCCUAUGUGGUGAAUGGGAAUGUUCGGAUAAUUCCCAGUUAAGAACCUGUUGAGUAUUGACUGAAUCAAUAUAACUGUAUUUAUGGAAGUGUUUUGUCGGUUAUAUACAUAUUACUAAAGGAGCAUCACAUCCAAUAAAUAUUAUUUAUCACAGGCGUUUAGCCAUU